GGAACGUUUCGGCUCUGAAGAGGAGACUGACUGCAGUAUGACCAGGAAGUGAAGGAGUUGGGAGAUAGUCUGCAAAUGUGUGAAAGUCUUCUCUGUGCUAAGAGAGGAGAUUAAAAUACCUAUGGGGGCACAUAGGAUCAAAUGAUGAAAUUCCUCAUACUGAAAAUUUCUGGCUGCUACAUCUCUGCUUCUCAAGUCAGUUUUGGAGGAUUUUAGAGAAAGUCAUGGCCUCAGGCACAAGUGCCAAGAAGCUGAGGGAAGAAUCCACAUGCUCUAUCUGCCUGGAGCUGAUGACUGAGCCCGUGAGCAUUGACUGCGGGCACAGCUUCUGCUUUGUGUGCCUAGUGGACCUCAUUGAAAGCCAAAGUUUUGGGACACCAAUUCACUGUCCCCUCUGCCGGACGCCAUUUGAAAGGGGGAACUACCGACCCAAUAAGCACCUGAAAAACCUCAUUGAAACCAUCAAGGAGAUAGAAUGUGAGAGGACAUGUGAGGAACACGGACAGCAGCUCCACCUGUUCUGCGAAGAUGAUGACCAGCUCAUCUGCUGGCGCUGUGAAUGGUCACCACAGCACAGAGGACACACCAUAGCUCUUCUGGAAGAUGUGUGCCAAGGAUACCAGGAAAAGCUUCAGGAAACUGUGACAACUUUACAGACACUGAAAAAGCAGUGUGAGAGUCUGAAGGUGUUCACACAAAAGCAAAUAACCGAAUGGGAGGAGAAAGUGGAGCUUCAAAAAAGAACAAUCAGAUCUGACUUUAACAAUCUUCAUGCUUUCCUGUUUGAAGAGGAGAAGUAUUAUUUUUGGAAAUUGCAGAAAGAAAAAGAAGACACUUUGAGUAGUCUGCAGCAAAGUAAAGACAAACUGGAGAGGCAGAGUCAGGAACUCGGCAACUGCAUCCUGGAACUACAGAAGAAAUGUCAGGGCUCAUCUCAGGAUUUGUUACAGAAUGUGAGAGCCACGUUGAGCAGGAGUUUGAGUAUGAAGCUGGAAUUACCAGAACCUGUUUCUUUGGAUGUUCAUACUGUGUGUGAUGUUUCUGAACUUUACUUUGAUGUGAAGGAAAUGUCAAAAAGUUAUCGGGGUAUGUGAAACUAAUGUUCGCACGCUGUAAGGAUGGAUGGUGUGUCAGGGUAACCAAAUUCAUACCCUCUCUUGGUAGGUUCAUGUCCAAGAGUUCUUCAGUCAUGUCAUGGUACUUUUAUAGUCUCCCAUGUCUGUGUGCUCUACUGCUUAAGUGGGGAUAUGGCAUUAGAUGGGUCAUCAGUUCAGACUCUCUACCUCUGUGUCAUCAGCUGUUCCACCUCAGGCAAAUGUCCACCAGCUCAGUUUUUAUAUUUUAAGAUUGAAACUUUCUCACUUUUGUGAGGUUAUCAUGAAAAUUAAAUGCAUCAGUGUGCGUAGAGUGUAGGUGGGUCUGGGACAUAUGCUUGUUCUUUGUGAUUCAGUCAGCUCUCAGAGAAAUAUUCCAUAAAUAUUAGAGACUGAGGUAUAAAUCAUUGUAAGUACUGGAUCAAGGUAACAUAGUCAAGGUUAAGAUAAAAAUGAAAAUUAAGUUUUACCCAUUGUAAAUUCUGGGCUUCUUCUACCUUAUGUUUCUACCUUACUGAGUUCUUACUUAGUACUUUCCAUAUUGUCACAAAUCUUAUUUACAUUUAUAAAAUUUGAAUAGCUCUAAAUAUUGAAUUUUUUUUACCUCACUUGACUGUAAAAUCAGAUCUAGCCAGAAAUGAUUUGGUGUCAGGAAUAAUUAUUCCUUCAAAACUACAUGGCAGCUUCAAUCAAUAUACAUAGUAACAGGGUUUUAUGUGUCAAGUACCUGGUUAUGGUCCUGGAUUCUGGGCUUAGGUGGUCAGAAAUCUGUAACCAGGGAACUGAGAAACAGUAUAGGUGUACAGACAAAUCCCGCCCCUGCAGACCCCCAAAUGAAGAAAUCUCCCAUUGAAGUAUUGUCUCUGUCUUGCCCUGGCCAAAGCCCCUGGCUCAUAAGUCACACUUAUUUUUUACUCGUGGUGCUCACAGACAGUGGGCCGCCAUGCUGUGGAAAUCUCUCUGAAACCAGGGACCACAGACAGCAGGGUUUCCAGGAUCAUAUGCUGUGCUGGAGACCAAACUCACAACCUCAGAACUGUAAUGUCAAUGCUUUAACCAUUAAACCAUCUCUCAGUCCCCAUUCACUUUAUUUUUAUUUAUUUGUGAAAAUUUGUAUUGAACACUGUGAUUUAUGAUACUGUUAAUGAUGGUUUCAUGCAGAUAUCAUUCUAAUCAUACCCACCACCAGAGUAUCCUCUUCUUCCCACCAAGUUUCCAAAAGUCCAUCCUAUUCAACAGCACCUUCUCCCCAAGCUCAGUUCUGGGGACCAACACUCCAUUUCUGUUGAUUUUGGCUGUUUGUUGCUUCCUUACUGUGUAUGUUUAAAUUCCACAUAUGAGAGAUGAUUCUGUAUCUAUCCCUUUCCUUCUGACUUUACCUUCAGCAUGAUCCCCUGCAGUUCCACCCAUGUCAUGGCAAAUUGUUUCUUUAAAAAAAAAAAAACAGGCACAGACAAUAACUCACUCAGCUAAUAAGAAAGAAAGUGUGUAUUUGAAC